CACAGAUGCCCAGUAUGCCACAAACAUUUUUCAAGGUCGUGGUUAUUGAAAGGUCACAUGAGGACCCACACAGGUGAACGACCUUACAAGUGUCAUCACCCGGGCUGCAGCAAGGCAUUUGCCGACAAGUCGAAUUUGCGGUCCCACACACUCAUACACACCGUCAUAGGAAAGAAAUUUGUGUGCGAACGAUGCCAGAGAGCUUUUGCUCAGAAACGAUACCUACACAAACACCAAUUCGAGGUGUGCAAAUUUGUGCCUUAG